GUUUUGACGUGAAAUCAGGAUUGAGAAAUUCCUUAAAUAAUUUUAAUGCUACACGAAUUACCACUACUACUUCAUUACCUAUGAAUACGAGAAAUCAAUUGUCUACUUCUUUAUUGAAUAAUAAGAAUUUGAAGAAUCAAUUUCAAAAAAAUAGUAAUUGUAAAUCAAUACAAAAAAGUUUAUCACGAGACUAUUCCACAUCCAAAGUAUCUUCAUCCAUCAAUGAAUCAUCAACAAAAGUGAAGGAAGCUCCCUCCAUUGACUCCGCGAAAAUUACCACUACUGUAAUCCCAACAGCGAUAACCAAAAAUUCAAACAAUAAAAUCGAAAGCGCGACCGCUGAUUGGAAAAUAAUAAAACAUCUUGCUAAAUAUUUAUGGCCUAAAGAUGAUUUCUCAAUUAAAGCCCGUGUUGUGAUUGCAUUAUCAUUGUUGAUUGGAGGAAAGAUUCUGAAUGUCCAAGUACCAUUUUUUUUCAAAAAUAUUAUCGAUUCUUUGAAUGUUGACACAACCCAAAUGGGCACCGUUUUGACCGUAGCUGGAUCGGCUCUUAUCGGAUAUGGUCUUGCCCGUAUAGGAGCAAGUGCAUUUAGCGAAUUUCGUAAUGCAGUUUUUGCUAAAGUCGCCCAACGGUCAAUUAGAAGAGUAGCCAGAAACGUGUUUUUCCAUUUGCAUCAACUAGACCUCGGUUUUCAUCUAGCCCGACAGACGGGCGGAUUAAGUAGAGCUAUUGAUCGUGGUACAAAAGGUAUCAGUUUUUUACUAUCGUCUUUGGUAUUUCACAUACUGCCAACUGCACUUGAAAUAACCAUGGUUUGCGGUAUAUUGGUGCAUCAAUUUGGAGCGCAAUUCGCGACUGUAACAUUAUUGACUAUGUCGGUCUACGCGGCAUUUACAAUUCAAACAACUUCAUGGCGCACGAAAUUCCGCAAGGAAAUGAACAAAGCAGAUAACGAGGCAGCCACGGUUUCAUUGGAUUCCCUUAUCAACUUUGAAGCAGUUAAAUAUUUCAACAAUGAAAAGUUUGAAGCCGAGCAAUACGACAAAGCACUCUCCAAAUAUGAACAAGCAUCUUUGAAAAUAGCAAGUUCUUUGGCAUUUUUGAAUUUUGGACAAAAUAUCAUUUUUAGUACUGCUUUGACUACGAUGAUGUUUAUGGUGGCCGAUGGGGUAAUUAAAGGAACUUUUACCGUGGGUGAUGUUGUCAUGGUCAAUCAACUUGUUUUUCAGCUUUCAAUCCCUUUGAAUUUCUUGGGCACGGUUUAUCGCGAGCUAAAGCAAAGUUUGGUUGAUAUGGAUGCAAUGUUUAGUUUACAAUCUGUUCAUGUCGAUAUAAAGGAUGCGCCAAAUGCCAGAGAUCUCGUGUUAAAAGGGGGUGAAAUUAAAUUCGAAGAUGUGAUAUUUGGGUAUCAUCCGGAUCGUCCAAUCUUAAAGGGCGUAAAUUUUAUCCUGCCAAUGGGUAAAAAGAUCGCUGUGGUUGGUCCUAGUGGCUGUGGAAAGUCGACGAUUCUCAGACUUUUAUUCCGAUUCUAUGACCCGAAUGCUGGCAAUGUUUAUAUUGAUGGUCAAAAUAUUAGAAAUGUGACCUUGCAAAGCUUACGGUCGAAUAUUGGUGUCGUGCCACAAGAUACAGCUCUUUUCAAUAACACCAUUUACCACAACAUUGCAUAUGGUUGUUUAACGGCCACCCGAAGUGAAAUCGAAGCUGCAGCAAAACGUGCAAACAUCCACGAUGUGAUCAUGUCACUCCCCGAAAAAUAUGAAACACGUGUCGGCGAGCGCGGCUUAAUGCUCUCCGGAGGCGAAAAACAACGAGUUGCUCUAGCACGAACAAUCUUAAAAAAUCCACAUAUUCUCUUUUUUGAUGAAGCUACCUCGGCGCUCGAUUCUCACACCGAACAGUCCCUACUCGCAAAUAUAAAAAAUAUUUUGCAAGAGACCGGAAAAACUAGUAUUUUUGUUGCGCAUCGGCUCCGGUCGAUAGCAGAUUCUGAUAUUAUACUAGUACUCAAAGAUGGUGAAAUAAAAGAACAAGGUCAACACGAUGAAUUGAUACAAAUUGAAGGUGGAAUUUAUCGUGAUAUGUGGCUUAGACAAGAAUCGUUUUUGGAGGGUGAGGAAACGGAUUAG